AACUGAGCUUCAGGAAAGACUAGAAGCUCCUUGCGGAAACAGUUGGAUGAUGGAAGCUCUUUUCUCCACCACUCCAUCUCUCAAAGCCUUUUCCCCUUUCUUCUCUUCCUCCUCUAACUUCAAUACAAAACCAGCUCGCAAUAUUUUCUCUUCAAUUUGCACUACAACUUUGGGGAGGAAUCGAGUUCGUGAUCGGACUUUUUUAAGGAUCUCUGCGUCUGCUCAAUCUGGGCCAUCUACCACGCAGACCAUUACUUCAGUUUCUGAAAUCCCUUUGAAGAUGAAGGCAUGGGUCUAUGAAGAAUAUGGAGAUGUUAAUGUCCUGAGGUUAGAUGAGGGGGUUUCCGUGCCUGAGGUUAAAGAGGACCAAGUGCUUGUGAAGGUUUUUGCUGCGGGACUCAACCCUGUGGAUUAUAAAAGGAGGCAGGGGAAGUUUAAGGCUACUGACUCUCCAUUACCUACUGUUCCAGGUUAUGAUGUUGCUGGUGUAGUUGUCAAGGUGGGAAGCAAGGUAAAGAACCUAAAGGAAGGAGAUGAAGUAUAUGGGGAUAUCAACGAGAAAGCUUUAGAGUAUCCUAAACAGUUUGGAUCGCUUGCUGAAUACACUGCAGUUGAAGAAAAAUUGCUGGCCUUAAAACCCAGCAAUCUGGACUUUGCAUUAGCUGGAGGGCUACCUCUAGCUAUCGAGACAGCAAAUGAAGGCUUAGAGAAAGCUGGAUUCUCUGCUGGUAAAUCUAUUCUUGUAUUAGGUGGUGCAGGUGGGGUUGGAUCUUUGGUGAUUCAGUUGGCAAAGCAUGUUUAUGGUGCAUCAAGAGUUGCUGCCACUUCAAGCACAGGUAAGUUAGAGCUAUUGAAGAGUUUGGGAGCUGAUUUAGCAAUUGACUAUACCAAGGAAAACUUUGAAGAACUGCCAGAAAAAUUUGAUGUGGUAUAUGAUACUGUUGUUGUAUAGGGCCGGUAAUGAUCUUAAAGAUGUGAGCUGGAGAUAUGUACAACAAAGGUUCAAGGAUGAUACUCAGCAUUGGGUGCGUUGCAGUUCCUCAAGUGUCGAAUUCGUGAGAUCAGACGCGAUAAGGAAGAUUGUGUUGAGCAUAUUAUUGAAAGAUCAUUGCUCGAUGUUUGAUCAUUGUAUUCUUUAUCACAUGUGGCUUCAUCGAGAGGAUCAUUGAUGGGGACAUCAGAUUUUGACAUGUGUACCAUCGCCGGAGGCGCUGAUCGACGGCCAUGAUUCAGAGUCUUUAUUUUUGAUGUUUUAUUUUAUUCAUGUCAUUUAUAUUUCUUGUCUUUUUCCUUUUGUACCCCUAUGAGAGAAUUAAUGUUUGUUGUUGCCCAA